GAGGAGACAUGUUUGUGGACAUGUAGCGAUCUGAUUUCGCGAUAUGUGUUAAGUUUCACUCAUUCAUAAAUACACCGUAUGGCUACACCUCAACCCAACAGCUGAUCACGUUGACCGCCUAUCCAGUCCGUCCAAUCAACCUGCCUGUGGCCAUAGAUAGUGGGCGGUUUAGCAAAUGGGCACAUCCACUGUGAAAAUUAGUGCCAGCAUUAGUGUUGAUUUCUAAAUUAAGACAGGACCACAACGCGUGUGAUAUUCCACAUUAUACCUGCUAGUGUGUCACCGUGUAAAGUGCUGUGCUGAUUCCCCUGGUUGUGCGAAGCUUGUCACCUGGCGAGACAGCCAUUCAAACAAUGUCUUCACUACGAUAUGUCAUUCAUUCGGUCCCUGGGAAGAAAGUGGUUUAAUUCGGAUACCACGUAUUCAAGGAACACAUGUACCCGAGGUUACAGUGAGCCUGGGAUAUGGGGAUCAAUUUGGCGUUCACUUCGACGUCGUUCCGUCCUUAUUAAUUCCUGUUUGUGGCGUUGAGUGUGGUGUUCCUAGCACUGUAAACGCUGAAUGGAGCGAGGUGUCUCAAGAGAGCAGGAAUGAUCCGCGUGGGCCAACUAGAAGGGCUAGUUCUGUGGUCAUGAAUGGCCGUGUGCUUACCUUGACGCUAAUCAUUCUCGUCAUCCACGUCCAACACUUCGACUUGAAAAAGCAUCGUCAUAAUGACCGUCUUCGACAUUGUGGGCGCCAAUGCCAACACAGUAUUGUUAAGCGUGUUGAACACCGAAUGGAGAAAACAGUUAAUCGAACCAUUCGCAAAAUCCGCAGGGAAUAUGAGGCAUACCAGAAGAAGUAUGAAAGUUUGCUGCAUGCGAUGAGAAAAGAGCUGGAGUGUUUGUCACACCUCUGUCCGACUGGCUUUAUACGCUACAAGAAGUUCUGCUUCCGGUUCGUCAUGCACAGCAAGAAGACCUGGAGGGAUGCUCAGAAGUAUUGUCAGGAUGCCGGCGCCAACCUCAUCUUCCUCAACUCCACCAAGAAACAGGAGUUCGUCGCUAAACACCUCAAGGACAACUUUGCGAACCAUGCAGAGACCGUGUUCACCUCCGGCAUCCACUGCGACGCCUCCUAUCUACCAUACAGCUGGGAGCCAGGGAAGAAGAAGCCCACCUACGACAACCUGCACUGGCGCUGGGAGGGCAAGAGAAGCAUGGUCGGUACCGACCCCACAGACCUUCAGUGGUGUCAUGGAGAAAUUCCUACGAAUUUGAAAUUCACGGAUCUCAACACGUGCCUCAUUCUAUCAAAGACUUGUGCCUGGAAGUGGUCUGCGGGCAAGUGUCAGGUGGAACGGCCUUUUAUAUGUGAAAUGAAGUUGGACCCAGGGAAACGGACUUGUAUGAACUGCUAGAAGGCAGUUGAAUGUAUGAAAACAGGGCGUGUGAACGGUUCGUUGUGUGUCUGUUGAAACCACUUAAUGUGUAAAAGAACGUCAUAUUACAGUGUUUGUCAGUGGUAGGCUUUACGAGUUUAUCGAUGCGACACGUGUGGUCACGUCAUCAGGACGUCUGUGAAGCCUGAAUACCGCGAAUGUUCGGAGUACAGAUACUACGUCUCUGCAUUUUAUACAGUUCUCUUUUAUUAUCGGGCGAUGGAAACAGAGUUCCGUAGACAGCGUCUGUAGCGGUGUGGCGGCUGCCUGGACGGUGUGACGGUGGACAUCUGUACAACUAGUGUACAGUGUAGAACUGAAGUCAAACAUGACCUUCUAAAGUUUAGAACAUGCGCAGACGACACUGGCGUAGCUCGGGUUCUGGCGUGACGCUUUGGUCGGUUUACAGGAGGCACGCUGCAAUCAGGUGAGCGUUGUUGUUGGAACGAACUGAAGACACACUCACACCCUGCAUGGUGAUGCUCUCGUUGGGAUGAGUUGAAGACUUCUGUAGCACAGCAGAUGGCGCUUUCCGCUACCUAUCUGACCUUGACAUUGCUCGGUAGUAUGGGACCGAGGCUACAGCGUUGACAGUGCUGGACGUGUACUAUUUUCAGCUUUUUUAAGAACCUGUACAGAAACCUUCGUGCCAUAUACAGAUGUUUGGUGUAGUCAGUGAUUAGUAUGUACAUCGUAGAGUCUUUGUUGUUUGUUUACAAACCACGUUAUAUUCAAUCCUAGUUACUAUUUCAUUAUGUUCAUAGUUUUGUUUGUUGCCUAUACGUUUGGCAUGUAUAUGUUUUCAGAGGUGAGUGUAUCGAUACCAUGUUGUCUCAUGCCUACUGUGCAGGGGACUGGUCACUUGUUGAAGGGGACAGCUGGCAGCGUAAUUGGUCUUAGGACUGAAGCAUAUAUGUUUUUAGGAACAGCCCCCCUCAACCCCCUCCUUACACACAAACACAGAUACAGACACAGAUACAGACAGACACAGACAUAGACACACAGACUGAGACACACAAUUCUAUCCACACACCCCAACCUAUUUAGUUGUGAUAAAAAUACAUACUCAAACACGCACAUUCUCUCCACACCAACGCCUAUAUUUACGCGAAAUGAUGCUAUAACUUCAUACUUUUGGUUUUUAAAACACAGCACACACACACGCGCACAAAUACACACACACUAUAAAUGACCAGUCCCUAUGUGUAUACAAAGUAUUAACGUGUUUGUUAGGGUUAACUUUCCACUGGACAGUGUAGACAGACCUCAGGCAGCUGCUCCAUCCUCAACCCCCAGCAGCAUCACAGGGAACACAUACAUACCCCACACUUACACUUCUAUACCGUUCAUGACGACGAUGCAGUGCUACACCUGAGUUAUCAAAGUGUCUUAUCCUACCAACAUUUAAAUAACUGUCAACGAUUUGACACUCAUUUUUAGCCAUACUACCGGGUACGGUGAAACGCACUCAGACACACAGACUACACACUAAAUCUCUCUCACACACACACACACACACACACACACACACACACACACACACACACACACACACACACACACACACACACACACACACACACACACACACACACACACACACACACGCGCGGCUUUAUCUACGUCUCGUAAAGAUUACACAUAAUCUGUGAUAUUUCUAGAACCAUUUUUCUUUGUAGUUUAUAUACAGCAUAUAAUUUUCUUGUCGCUAUAUAGCUCAAAAGUUGCUGAUUCGACGUAACAUCUUUCCUUAAUCACACCUCGAUAUAAGUACGGGCCUGGUUGAUCCAGACUUCUUCCUAUGAUCGAUACGCUGUGAGCUCACUGUACUUUAAUUAAAUACGCAUACCUUAGAUGACUCGUAGAUAGCUACAGAAAAUGUAAUUGGCAGGUUCAUUCUUAACCUUCAGUAUUGUCUGAUUGUUGCCAGAUAACUCACGGAGGCCAAAAUAUUAAUGUGUCUUGUACAAAACAAUUAUGCGUUUUUUACUUCUGCAGACAAGGGUGGAAACCCAGCUGUUCAUUCCCCUGGAGUCAUAAGAUGAAUACGUGCUUCCAAAAUGCAAUUGCUUCCGUUAGGGUAAUUAUUUAUAGAUUACUUCCUUCCCGUAUACUGUAGUAUUUCCUAUUUAUCAACAAGAAUGAUUUUGUAACAAUUGUUGACAUUUGCCGAUUUAAUUGUUCUUUUACCGAUUGUUAUGGGUCACGUGAUAGUGCUUCAAUUUUAACCCGAUUACUGGGCCGAAGAAUCUGGGGUCUGUUAUUUUGGAUAGUUAGGCUGGGCAAAAUCUGUGUAAUGAGAGCUUCAUAGUCAUUCUAAGUAGGUGAUAUACGCAAGUAUAACACACAUGUUUGUAUAUGCAAUCUUACUGAGGGAAUAUUCACUUCGACUGUAUGAAUAUACUGACAUUACAUACCUGUUAAGAUAUUCCGGACAUAAGUGAUUAUUCCCAAACUAACAGACAUAGAAGUUAGGGCUUUGAAUUAUAUUCUGUUUUUGCAAACAAUCGGCGCAUUUCGAACGAAUAGAUGAUAUUUUUACGAUAUUUAGAUUUUUAAAAUAGUCUUCCUUAUGAUCGAUAUUUCUAUCGAGAUCAUGCAUUAAUACCACCUCCUGCUGGUGAAUAGGUUCGGGGCGUAGUGUGAACUGAUCAAUCACUUUACCCACUAAUUCCAUUAAACACUAAUCACAGCAACUAUAUGGAUUCCUGUACCAUUUCUACUACACAAUGUCUGAAACGAUAGCGAGAACGAACACAACCAAAGUGGUACUGAUUUCCUAUAGAUUAAAUCUACCAAUCAUGGUAUUUAUCCAUAAAUUUUUAUGCUUAAUUAUUGACUCACCAACUUCUUGAAUGCCGAUCAAACAAUUAUGGAAUUUGUUAUUCUCAGCUAAUUCUAAUAUCAGUUUGCAUAUUGCAUGUCUAAGCCCGGCCCUACAUGUAAGUCUGGUCAGUAUGUGUCUCUUAAACAACACCACUCCCGAAAUCUUUCUUGAUACGGGGGUCAUUCAAAUACAAGUAUCUGGAAUAUUAGUUCCAAUAUGGCUGCCACGACAGCCAUGUUGAAAAUGAUAUCUGUUACACUAUAUCAGUUAACACAUCCAGAAACAGGUUUUAAACAUGGUGUCAGUCAGCAAAUCACAUUUUUUCAAACAGGUAAACUAUUAUAAACCAUGACAUAAUUAUUGCCCAAUCCUAAUACUGUAAAAUUAUCCAAAAUGAGCUACGGUGCCUUUGUAUGUGUCAUCAGGUUUUAGGCUACAAAGCUUGGCUACAAGGCUACAUUGCUUGGACCCCCUUCAAGUAUCUGUCUAAUUAGUGCAGUGAGGGACAUGGGUAUUUAGAUCGAUGUAGGACAUAGAUAAAUCGUGAUAGAUUGUCUGGCAUAAAUACAUUAGUGAGAUUUCUGGCAUGGAUACAAUGUAGUUAGUGACACAUUGUAAUUAGUACAUUGUGCUAUCUGGACACAUUAUAUGCACUGCAAUGUGCGAUAUAGGCAAGUUCAACUUUGUGUGAUGUCUCACAUGGACUACUUCCAUGUGUCAUAAUGGUGCAUUGUAAUUAGUACAAUGUACAACUGGAUACAUCAUAAUUAUGCAAUGUGCGAUCUAUAUACAUUGUAAUUCGGACGAUGUGUGACAUAGACGUGUUAGGAUUACUGCGAUGUGUCGUAAUGAAACAUGUAUUGUACGUUGUAUAUAGUGAGUUGUGUGGCAAGUCUUACAUUGUAUCUAUUUAAUAAGGGUAGACAUCUAUUCUGACACUGAAUAGCUUCCAACACACGAAGUAGCAGACUUGUUGAGAGUUGUUUGAAGAUCUGAUUCCCCCGAAGAUCUUGACUCUGCAAUAUUCCCCCAGCCCGAUAUUUAAAAGCACUCUCUUACAGUACGACAGAAAUGUAUGCUGUUUGUCGAACCUAUCCAGAUCUGGUAGAAUAUAUUGUAGGCGUUGUCAUGGGCGCCUUCAGUUGGUUUACAGGACUCAGUGAUCGACAAAUAAUUGUUUCCUGAGUAGCAGUUCCAACAGAACGGACACAUUAUAUGCAAAUACGCCCCGCUUUGUUCGUCUUGUUAGGGAUGUUGGAACAUCCACACUGGUCACUCUGCGGCCCUUGAGCUGUCCAGUCAAGGGCUGUGGAGACUAAUACUGGGACGUUAUAGAUCAGGUGCAUGGUGCUCGUCACGUGAUGCGAUUGUCUCUCGGUAAUAACACCCUUAAACCGUUGAAGAAGAUGUGUGCCUUAGCUUGUAUAUAUGAGAUAGGCCAUGGGUGAUAAAUUAGAUUUAAAUAAAAAGUCAUCUGAGGUUGUAACCGUUUGUAGCUGGGCUCGCCUGGCGAAAUUAUUAGCUUUCAUUUUGUACGUUUAAGCUCAUGGUAUCGUACGUGAUCACGUCUUUACGUGGAUAUACUCAAACAAAUGUGAUUUAAUCAUUUACUUAGCUUUAUUCGUCUAUAUUUUAUUAUUUGUUUGCAAUUAUAUAUCUACAAUGCCAUUACCUCAUAUACUUGUCGAUGUCCGUUCUCCUAACAGUGACAGUCGCGGCUGUAGCGUCUCUACGUUCACAGUUUCUAUACAGAACAUACAAAUUGUCCUGUUGUAUACCUUAACAAAACAGCCAGGAUCAUAAAUAUUUUGGGGGAAAUGUUUCUGAAAUUGAAAUUGUGUGCUCAGUCUUUGCUACCAAUAACCCCAAAAUAUUCACGAUCGUAACGCUUUUCGCCAGUAAUUACAUAGUAUAGGCACGGGAACCGUUAUGACAGUAUUCUUCAUUGACCUCAUACACCCUGGAAACCAGAACCUCAGGUAGGAAAUAGAAACUGACAUAUUUUCUACAUCAACAACUUUCAGUUUACUUUAAGACCUGCUCAUGUUUGAUGCCCAAAUCCCUAUUCCAUCCAUAUCUCUGUCGAGAAGUGACGGGAUACUUUAGGAAACUUUAUGGUAUAAAAGUUUAACUGUGAUAAAUCAUUAGGUGACCGGCUCGUAUUUCAAACCCUUGCCUCCCGAGUGACCCUCCCAUAAUAACUACUUAUGGUUGACCAGAGAAGAGUCAUGUGACAAAUGUUCUUCCACUUGUUUGCAAAGACAUUUUACACACGGGGUUGGGUUCAGACUGAAGUCAAGCUAACAUUAAGUGUACAGUGGUGUAGGCAGAUAGGCUAUACCGACCAAUUAAGAAACCUGUGGAUGUUCGAGACGCUUGUCGCGGCUAUGACAUUGGAGACGUGUACGUCGACGGUUGUCUCAACUGUACACUCACUCAUUGUCUCUGACUUCACUGGUUUUCCCUCAUCGUGCCAAACAUUAAAACAUAUUUUAUAGAUUCA